UUGAGGUUGCAGGGUAUGUUGUAGCGACUUGAGCGGUUGUUACAGCUCAGACGGGAACUCUGAGCUUGCUUAUAAACGAUUUCCCAGUUUGAGUAGUGUUUACAAGCUUUGUUGACGAAACAAGGCGUCACUUGAGCCCCUGAAAGCUUGCAGCACUGGCUAGGGCUUUGCCAACGACGACCUGUCGCGCGCCUUCCACCCGGACAGCCUAACUCAAGGGUUCGCCCACGACACUGUAUGCAGCCUGCCUACCAAGUCUCCACCAUGGAGUCCUCGUCCGGCCUCGCUCGUGGGAAGUCGGCCUCGCCGACAGCCAUGGCGAAGGUGGGUCUUGAGGCGCUUUCCAUGGCGCUCAUGACUAUGGCAACACCGCUGCUGCUGCUGGUGGCACUCGGUCUGUCGGUAUUCAAGUCAAUUGUGGCUUGGGCACGCACAGAGUGGCAUCUGAAGGCCUAACACAGCUCCGGCAGGGGGUCUUGUCACCCAGCCUGUCACCAGUCACCCUCCGAUCACCCACUGGUCACCCACUGGUCGCCCACCGGUCACCCACCGGCCACCCACCGGUGGGAUUAUUUAAAUGAUAGGGACCACCCAGUGAGGGUCGGCUUCCAGCAACCUAAAACCCUAAACCCUAAAUGACAGUGAUGCCCCCGCGGGGUGGCAUGUAUGUUGCUCUGAAAGGUUUUGCUGAGGUGUACCAUAUUCCUGCCAGUGUACCAUAGCUUCACGCUUCAAGAUGCAGCAAGCAGUUCUGUACUCUUCUCUCCAUCUUGCACCGCAUCCAUAGUAUUACGAUGACCAUACUUAUGGUUUUUGUAGUGACCGGUCACACAUACCGGCGAAGGCCCCCCAGGAACACCCCUGUAGGCCUGUCGGGUCGUGUUAAAGGUUACUGCGUGAACGUGUCAGUGCGACAGUGUGCCGGUAUGUGUGUGUAAAAAAGCCCUUUUCCUGCCAUAAGGCAGCCACCUCCUUGUUGUAGUGACAACCCGAAGUGCGUCCAAGAUUGCUGGCAGCGCACUGCAGGGCCCCAUCCCUGAGUGCCCUAGUAUUGGAUUUGCACGUUGGGGGUGGUGGUGGUUGGCGUGGUCUAUCUAGUGUGGUGGGAAAGUUUCGUCAUGUCACUGGAUGGUGGCCGCUCCAUGCGGGUGGGGCGCGGCGCCUGGACAAGGGGCGCGGGGCUGAGAACCCCCAUUACCCCCACAUCAGAUGAUGAGAAGGCUUCAUACAAUGUAAACUGCCGUGAUUGAGUCCCUAGGGUCGCGGGGCUACCCGGGCUGAGUCGCAACUCCCGUCGACGUUGAGGGAAGUUUGCAACACAACCCCCCGGAUUAGCCGGAUAUGGAGGGUAGCAGUUCAUUGGUGAAUAAGAUGCAUGUGUAAUCUGUACCAGGA